UGUUGAUUAACUGCGGCUCAGGGGAGGCAUUUGCAAAGGGGGAGAGAAUGGGGCCUUUUGUGGCAGGCCUGGCCGUUUGAGGUGGGACUGCUUUCCUGCUUCCCUUUUCCCUAUGCCGCCCCAGAAGAGGCUGUUCACUCGGGCAGGACAGUAGGCCACAGGAUCCUACCAGCUCAGGUUUUCUUACUGGGGGUCCCUGCAUCGGGGAUCCUGAUGCCAUCCUGCAGCAGGUGGUUUCACCGUGACCUGAGCGGCAUAGAUGCUGAGGCCUUACUCAAAGCACGAGGUGUUCACGGCAGUUUUUUGGCUCGGCCUAGUCGGAAGAACAAGGGCGAUUUCUCCCUUUCUGUCAGGGUUGGUGACCAGGUAACCCACAUUCGUAUCCAGAAUACGGGGGAUUUUUAUGACCUCUAUGGAGGGGAGAAGUUUGCCACUUUGUCUGAACUGGUGGAGUAUUACAUACAGCAGCAGGGAUCCCUGCAAGAUAAAGAUGGGACCAUCAUUGACUUGAAGUAUCCACUGAACUGCUCUGAUCCUACAACAGAAAGGUGGUAUCAUGGGCAUCUUUCUGGCCCAGCAGCAGAGGCCUUACUUCAGGCCAAGUCCAUGCCAUGGACUUUCUUGGUGCGUGAGAGUGUCAGCAAACCUGGGGAUUUUGUGCUAUCAGUCCUGACGGACCAGCCUAAAUCUGGCAUGGACACCGCUGCUACCGGAGCUGCCAGCACUCCCAAAGAACGGCGCAAAGUCACUCACAUCAAGGUCAUGUGUGAGAGGGGGAAGUAUACUAUCGGGGGCCAAGAAAUGUUUGGAAGCUUGGCUGACUUGGUGGAACAUUUUAAGAAGGCGGGAAUUGAGGAGCUGUCUGGUUCCUAUGUAUAUCUCAGACAGCCUUUCAACGCCACUCGAGUGAACGCAGCUGACAUUGAGAACCGGGUGCAAGAGCUCAACAAAAGAAGCCAAGCAGAAGAAACAGCCAAAGGUGGCUUCUGGGAAGAGUUUGAUAGCCUGCAGAAACAAGACUCGAAGAACCUGUAUGAUCGCCAUGAGGGCCAAAGGCCAGAGAACAAGAGCAAGAACCGCUAUAAGAACAUCUUGCCUUUUGACCACUCUCGAGUUGUCCUUCAAGACAGAGAUGUGAAUGUUCCUGGGGCAGAUUAUAUCAAUGCCAAUUUCAUCAAGAACAAGCUGUUUGGCCCCGAGGAGCCCAGCAAAACCUACAUUGCCAGCCAAGGCUGCCUGGAAUCCACCGUCAGUGAUUUCUGGCAGAUGAUAUGGCAGGAGAAUUCACGCAUCAUCAUGAUGACCACCCGGGAAGUGGAGAAAGGAAGGAACAAAUGUGUCCCUUAUUGGCCAGAAUUGAGAAGCAGCAAAGAGUAUGGCCCCUUCGUAGUGGAGAAUGCCGGCGAGCACGAUGCGCUGGAAUAUAAACUCCGACACCUCCGUCUUUCACCCAUCAGAAAUGGCGAGGCUGUGCGAGAUAUCUGGCAUUACCAAUACCUGAGCUGGCCCGACCACGGAGUUCCCAGUGAGCCCGGUGGCGUCCUGGGCUUCCUUGACCAGGUCAAUCAGAAGCAAGACAGCAUCCCGGGGGCCGGACCUAUUGUGGUGCACUGCAGUGCCGGGAUAGGCCGCACUGGAACCAUCAUUGUCAUCGAUAUGGUCAUGGAUAUGAUUUCCACAAAAGGCUUGGACUGUGACAUUGAUAUCCCGAAGGCCAUCCAGAUGGUGCGGGCCCAGCGCUCAGGCAUGGUGCAGACGGAGGCCCAGUACAAGUUCAUCUACAUGGCCAUCAGCCAGUUCAUUGAGACCACCAAAAAGAAGCUGGACAUUAUGCAGACUUCGAAAGAAAAGCUGAAUGAGUGUGAAUAUGGGAAUAUCACCUACCCACCUGCUCAGAAGUCCUCACAUGCAAAGGCGUCACGGAAAUCCUCCAAGCAGAAGGAGGAGCCAUCCCUCUAUGAGAACUUACAGAACGCCAAAGGGAAGAAGGAGGAGAAAGAACAAAGGCACUUCCUCGUAGGGAAGGAGAAGAAACAGAAGGGCUCCCUGAAGAAAAAGUAACCCCUGUGCAGCAUCUCAGCAGGGCAGCCGGUUCACUGGCUGUGCUUGUGGUGGGCUUGGAGUGACCCCUCAUUCCUUGCUCAGGCCUUUUUACCACAGGAUUUCUGAACUAUGGAGGACCAGUCCGAGGCACUAAGGUGGCAAACCCAAAUGGCACACCUGGUUCCCUUUUUCAAUGGGUCUCACCUGUGGGUUAUGCCCCUGUCGUUCAGAUCUACAAAGGCUUAGAUCUGGUUCAGGCUGCCGCUUCUUGCAGCAACCCAGUUUGGAUUCCUGGCCUAUGUUUUAAUGUCAUGGGCCUUCUCUUUCAUGCCGCAUGUGCCUUACUCCUGGCUUUCUGCAGACAUCUCUGCUUGGACUUUCCUGUUGUUGGUUGGGGGAGACGCUGGCAGACUGAUGGCAGGCAUUUUCAUGCACUCUAAUAGUCAACCACUAUGACAUGCUGGCCUCUUCCUCCUCCUCUCUUUACCUUCUUGGAUUCCUUCAUUUUUCAGCAAAUCGAUUACCUCUUUGCAGCCUUUGAAAGGCAGUUUCUCCCCUAGCUGCUAAACCUUAGUUCCCUGCACUAAAGUUCUAGGCUUUUUUGUUUAUCAUGAAUUGGAUCUUCUUCUUUAGUGAACUGCGUGAGCUUACUAAAGUGCUUUUUUGCCAGUUCCUCCAUGGUGCCGUCAGAUAAUUUUAGAUUCUAGAUUUAACAGUCAUAGGGCAACGGUCCCUGGAUUUUUUUGAGCCUGCGAGCACUUUUGGAAUUCUGACGCAGUGUGGUGGUGGUAACAACAAAAUGGCUGCUGCAGGAGGUGGAGCUGAGAACAAAAUGGCUGCCACAUCAGGUGGAGCCAACUACAGAAUGUUAGGGAAUGAAGUUAAGCAUAACUCUAAUAGUAAAUCCUCAACAUUUCAAGCAGAAGCGCUGUUUAACAGGAUGCUUUAAAAAUGAACAUAACUGUUUUUAAAUAAUUUCAUGUAUACACACAGCUUAUCUCCAAUGGCCAGUCAGAAAUCCUGACAGGUUAAAGCCUCAUCAGCCCUGCCCACUUUUUAAAACUACAGGAAGGUAUUGAUGGGCAUGCUGUAGAAGGUAUUUUUCGUCAUGAAUGUCAAGUAUUCAGGAAUCAUAAUUCCAUUAAUACCUUGGAAAGGAGGAAGUAGGAAAGGACAGAUAGAGGUAGAGGUGAGCUAGGCACAGCUCAUGCAUCUCGACUACAGCUUCCUUCCCCCUCCCCUCCCCUUAAUAAGCCACUGGAGCCGUGGACAGUUACUUGCAUCUUCCCUUCCUCUGGAAGCCACUAUAUUUCCUAGCAGUUGCUGGCUUUUCUCUGUUCAUGGACCUCAUUGCACUUAAUGGAGAUAAACAAGGACAAUUUCUUCAAAUUCUCCAGUCCUGCUCAGGUUGCCAAUUCUGGGUUGGGAAAUAUCAGAAGUUUUGGCGAUGGAGCUUGAGGAGGACAGGUUUUGCCAAUGGGAGGGACUUCAAUAGGGUGAUGUGGCAUAAAGUCCACCGGCCAAAGCGGCUGUUUUCUCCAGGUGACCUGAUGUUGGUCAAUUGUAACCUUAGAUCUCCAGCCACCACCUGGAAGUUAUGUAUGCCAAGAAAUCAAGAUGCACCCACAAUAAGAAAAAGACAAAAAUGUUCCUGUAAUACGUGAAAGCAAAGUAAGUUUAUAAUCAAUUAUAAACAAUUAUCAAGUGCUUAAUCCUUUAACAACAAAAUGUUUAGAAAACAUAGAUGACGAAUGCAGGGAUAAACAUCAGACAUCCAUCAUGUGUAUUUUCAUAAGUUCCAGAAAUUCAGAAUUACCGUAUUUCACACACUUGGUACAAAGGAAAAAAAGGGAGGGCUUUUAAAUAAAAACACACACUUUUCUGUGGUAAACAGUCUCAUUCCUCACAAACAGGACAUUCAAAACCAAGGGAACCACUCCUAAUAGGGAUGCCUGAAGAGAAGAUGUGAAAAGAAUCUAUCUCCAUGUUGAGCCGUAAUGAGCCACAAGUUCUUCUGAAAUGUAUUGCUUGCCUUGAUAAAAGUCUUUACUGAGCUCAAAAUGGCCACAUUAAAGCCAUAGGCUUGCUAUAAAUUGUCCAUAGAGUACCUAUAAUGUCCAAAACAAUGUUUGAAAUAAGAGUAAACAAAAUAUCCCUGCAUUUGUCAUCUAUAUUUUAUAAACAUUUUGUUGCUAAGGAUUAAGCACUUAAAUUUGGUUUGGAGAAAUUUCUUUUGAGCAAUGACACAAGUUUUAGAUUACAAAUUUUGUUUUCGUGUAUUACAAGAACAUUUUUGCCUUUUUCUCAUUGUGAGUGCCUCUUGAUCUAUUUGACCCUAUUGACACUCCUUCCUCCCCAACCCCCUUUCCUUAGCUGUAUUACCUAGAGGUUGGCAACUCUACCCGGCUCUGCUAAAGCGCCAUACACCCCAUCCCAUGCUGUCCUUGAGGGUCCCUUGCAGGAAAAAAUCCCUUUCACCAGCUCUUUCUGUUAACAGAUUGGAUCCAACCCUGUGACUGGAAGAGCUUCCUACUGAAAAAUUGGCCUAUAGGCCAUCCCAGUUACCGGACCCAGUCUCUGGCUACACUGCCAGUGUUGUUUUGGGGCCUUCAUUUGCCUAUAGUCAGUCCAGAGGUCUCUAACCAUUUCAGCCUGUGGGCACAUUUUUCAUUAUGAGAAGAGGUGGUUAGCACUGCCCCAAAAACACUUUCCGCAAAAUGGCUUCUGCAGUAGCUAUAGCCAAAUGGAAUAUCUUGGUAUUCACCUGCUGUGGAGAAGAAGAGCCUGAAGGGGGAAUGGAACCAAACACUGACUAAGGACAGCCCAAAUGUGUGCCGAUCCUCUUGAUCCGCCAGUGGAAAAUCCUUUCAUUUGAAUAAGGGCAGUGGCAGUCAAAAAGAAGUCCUAUCUUACAAUGGCCUCACUUUCAGAAAAGCUUAACAGGCAUCAAGGGGAGUACUGGUGGUCGCCCAUGGGCACCAUGUUGGAGUACCCUGCUUAAUUUCUGAGGCUUUUGUGAAUGUUCUCAUGGUCAAUCCACUUUGGUCAGUGCUCCAUCGGUAGGUCUAGACCUUUCCCGUCACUUGCCCAAUUUUCCUGCUGUAUUCUGUAAAUAAUGGAUCAUUUGCUUCAUAGAAUGAAUUGUUUUUCUUUACUUUGUAAAUAAAUCAGAUUUUCGAGUGAUAAA